AUGAUUAAUCAAAUACCCAAUAAUCAAAUCCCAAAUAUUCCACAGCCAGCAUUAAUGGCAUCAAAUUCAAUAUUGACUUUGGGUCCAUUCAAACAUCGAAAAGAUUUAACAAGAGAAUCAGUUUUGUCGACUUAUCAAAUCAUGGGGUAUAUAGCAGCAGGAACUUAUGGAAAAGUAUACAAAGCAAAACUAAAGAACAAUAAUAAAUUAGAAGGAGAAGAUAUUUUAGAUGAUGAUGAAGAAAAUAUCCUACCCCAAUUUUAUGCAAUCAAAAAAUUUAAAUCUGAUAAUCAUCACGGCUCAAAUAAAUCUCAUCAUUCUCAUGAUUCCAACGGCAAUGAAAUUAUUCAUUAUACUGGGAUAUCACAAUCUGCAAUUCGAGAAAUGUCAUUAUGUAGAGAACUCAAUAAUAAAAAUAUAACAAAAUUAAUAGAUAUCAUACUUGAAAAUAAAUCAAUUUAUAUGAUUUUUGAAUUUUGUGAACAUGAUUUAUUACAAAUUAUACAUUAUCAUUCACAUCCAGAUAUAAAAAACAUACCAAUAACAACAAUAAAAUCCUUAACUUGGCAGAUCCUAAAUGGAGUCACAUUCUUACAUAAAAAUUGGAUAUUUCAUCGAGAUUUAAAACCAGCAAAUAUAAUGGUAACAUCUCAAGGUGUUGUAAAAAUUGGAGAUUUAGGACUUGCUAGAAAAUUUAAUAAUCCAUUACAAUCAUUAUAUACUGGAGAUAAAGUAGUUGUAACUAUAUGGUAUCGAGCACCUGAAUUAUUAUUAGGAACGAGACAUUAUACUCCCUCAAUUGACCUAUGGGCCGUUGGAUGUAUCCUAGCUGAAUUAUUAUCAAUAAGACCAAUUUUUAAAGGUGAAGAAGCUAAAAUAGAUAUAAAUAAUAAAAAAGCAGUACCUUUUCAAAAAAAUCAAUUCCAAAAGAUAAUAGAAAUACUCGGCACUCCAAAUCUGAAAAUAUGGCCAAAUAUAACUAAAUAUCCAGAAUAUCCUUCUUUCCAACAACAAUUAACUAAUCAAAUAUAUCCAGCCAAUCUUGUAAAUUGGUAUAAGAUGAUCGGUGGAGAAAAUAAACAAUGUUUAAACCUAUUACAGGGUUUAUUGACUUAUGAUCCUGAUUUGAGAUUAACUGCAGAUCAAGCAUUAUUACAUCAAUUCUUUUUGGAAAGUCCCAAGGUUAACGAAAAUGCAUUUGAGGGAUUAAGUAUAAAAUAUCCAAAUAGAAAGAUUUAUACUGAUGAUAAUGAUAUUAUGACUAAUCAAUUAAUAAAUUCAAAUUUUAAAAGAGCCGGUGGGAAUAAUUUUGAUGAAAGUAUUAGAAAGAAAAGGGCAUAA